GCUGUCAAUAUUGUCCAGAUAAUUGACAUUGACAUUGUCAAACACAAGUAGCAAUUGACAAAAUUGUGUUAAAGUUUCGCAAUUUGGAAAAACCUAUUUCAAAAUAAAGAUAUUAUAAAAUUAUAAUUGAAAAUGGGUUCCAGCACCAAGAAAAAAGAUAAGGAGUCCCGUAAGCGUCGUCGCGAAGAGUCGCAUGAUAGCACAAGGGAUAAGAGACAUAAACACAAGAAGCAUCAUCAUAAAGAAAAGAAACAUAAGUCUUCUAAACAUGUUUAUGAAACCGAGGAAAAUUCGUCCAGAAGACGUUAUGAACCAGAGGAAAAAUCUUCGAAAUAUAAUUACGAGUCUGAUGGUUCCGACGUUGUUGAAAUUGUCGAAAAUGACCAACAGGCUCCACCAUCUCCACCUGCUGUGCCACCUCUACCAGCAUUGCCACAACACAGCAGUAAAGACAUCGAAGCUGCCAGCUCAAGUCAAGGUGCCGAAAGUCUUUCCAUUGAAGAAACAAACAAGCUUCGAGCUAAACUAGGUUUAAAGCCUCUUCAGGUGGCUUCUUCGGCAAGUAAUUCAAGUACCAAUUCGAACAAGAAAGGUAAUAAUGAGUUGAAAAAAGAUGACUUAGGUGAAUUUUAUCAUAAGCCUGCUGAAAACUUACAGUUGAAGGCGCAGCAAGAAAAAUUAAGGGCGAAACUCAGUGAGAUCAGAGAGAAGAGGCAGCUGAAUAAUAAAUAUUCAAAGGUGAAAACUCUCGGAGAAGGCAGUGAUGAUGAAGAUGAUAUUCUGUCUUGGGUAGAUAAAAGUCGAGAGAUUGAUAAAGCCAAAAAGGACGCAGAGAAAAGAGCACGAAUGUUGGAAGAACUGGACUCUCAGUUUGGAAUUAAUGAUAUAGUUGAGUCAGAGAGGCGUGAGAAAAUGAGGUCCGGAUAUACCGCAAAGCAUUUGAAAGGAUUGACAGUACAACACGACCUUGACUCUUUUGGUGAAGGAAGGUCAGUAGUACUUACUCUGAAAGAUAAAGGUGUCCUGGAAGAUGAUGAAGACGUUCUAGUCAAUGUCAAUAUGAUCGAUGAUGAAAGAUAUAAAAAGAAACAAAUUCAACUUAACCCAACAAUGCUGUAUAACUCAAGUAACUACCAGCUCACCUGA